AAACACAAGAAGAAGAAAGGACCCAGAGAGCAACCGAGACGAGGUUGAAAAAUAUCCUUGUAUGAAUUGAAAGUUUUUCGCUGGGUGAACAUAUCUUCAACUAAACAUACUGACUGGACGCCUGUCGUUCCUGACGAUUUAAGUCAAAUCUUUGUUGUUUGCAGAAGAUGAAGUCCAAGAAGAAGAAGAGACAGGAUGAUUUCCAUAAGGUCAAGUUAAAGAUGGGAAAGAAGAAACCCAGUGCGGAUAACGCCACUAACACUAACUUUCGGACAAGGGGAAUCCAUCUGUCUGAACAACUGAAGAGAGACACAAGUGGCCCCACAACUCACAGACAACUGGGUAUCAAUGAACUCCUGCCUCAGCUGCAUCAUUACAAUGCCAAUGUGAAACACAGUGCCUUGUUGGGUUUGAAAGAGUUGCUGUCUGUUAAUCCCUCUCUGUUGGAGCAGCAUCUUUCACGUCUGCUUUCUGAAGUGGCAGCUGUUCUCACAGACAAGGAUGGGAACGUCCGUGUGGCAGCUACUCGUUUGCUCAGAUUUGUUGCGCAGUCUGUGCCAGCAGAAAGAGUGGCUCCGUUUUUUCCCCUUCUCAGUGCUCACUUGUCUUGUGCCAUGACCCACAUUGAGCCGGGCAUCCAGGAGGAUGCCAUGAAUGUCUUGGAUGUCUUCUUGGAACAUUACCCAUCUCUGCUUGCUGCUCGACCUGCAGUACUCCUUACAAACUUCCUGGAGCUGAUCUCUCAUAGACAGAACACAGGAGGAGCCAAAAAGUCUCUGGAUGCAAAGAACCGAACCUGGGCACUGACGGUGAACCCUGAAAGGACUAUGACCAGCCAGCAGUGGCGACUUUCUGUUCUCCUCAGACUGGGCCAGUUUUUGCAGGCGGUAGUUGAGGAAAGACCAAUGGGGGAAGGUGAUCUGUCUGUACGAACUGAAGCAGUGUUUGGUUCAAGUGGAAAGGGCCUUCUAACGCCUCUACAUCUCAACUGGGAAGAUCUAAUUGGCAAAAAAGUCGAAGUUAAAAUGUAUGAAAACUCUGGAGCUAUACCAUCGCCCCACUCCACUUUUAGACUCAGACCUAUGGUGGACUCGGGAGCUACAAUGAGUGAGGGUCUAGACUCGGCUGAGACUGUUCAGAGGUUUGCUGCUACACUUGUACCUCUGCUGCUAGAGGUUUGGGUUGAAGCCUGCACUAACGACUGUUCCUGGAACAGCACAGAGGGCUCUCACCUGCUCACUCCAGAUGCCAUGUCUGUUAUGUUCCAAGUCUUGACUGUUCUGCAGCUGCUGAGAAAACUGCCCACCCAGCGGGAGAACCAGGACACCCUGGAUGCAUGGUUACGUAAGGAAUAUGUGGGAGAUUUUAAGCAACACUUCAUAAAAAAUUUUCCCUACGCUACGCGGGACACACCAAAACAUAAGAAGAAAGUUGAUCUCAAAAGGAGUAAACAGACUGCAGCUGUUCCUGCUCUGACCAUAGAGCCUCUGGCUUUAAACAUCACACUUUGUCAGGUCAUGGUGUCCCUCGUUCAGAAGCAGGGUCCCAGUCGAGAGGCAGAUGGAGACUGGCUGUUGCCUUUAAGGAGUUUUGUCCGGGACACUCUGGGGAGCGGCGUGAAGCUGAGCUAUAAGCAGCUGCACAUGCUGCUGGGCGCCGUGUGGAAGAUGGUGCUCACACAGAGGAGCAGAACAGUGACAGAGGAGCUGUUGGCAGCGGUGUACGUCUACUACAAACAGAGAAACCUGCCACUGCAGACAAGAUCGCUGCUACUUUCUUUCUACAGCAAGCUCUACCUGCAGGAGCAGGGACAUGCACACAUUGCCAGGAGCAAGGUGCUGUGUCGGUGGUUGGCAUCUCUUCCUGUACAGUUGUCCCAGCUGGGCCACCGUAACCCAACACUCUCUGCUCAGCUCAUCGUUUCCAUCCAGGCUGCAGCUUCUCGAGGCAACAAAGAGCUUCUCAACAGUCUGCAGACAUAUGGCUGCAGGCUCUACGAUCCGCAGGAAGGCGUUGUGGUGCUGUUACCGGCAGAGUCCCAGCAACAAAUGGUCCAGCUGCUUUACUUCUUUCCCAAAAUGUCCCAGCCUCUGCUGGCCAACCUGAGCGGCUGCUGCACCGCUGGACGCAUCUCCUCCGGCCUCGCUGCCUCUCUGAUCCGUAUCGUACACUUAAGGUCCUCUCUGAGUGGCUGGUCUGUUGGGAACCAGGAAGCGUCUCUGCAGGACGUGGACUAUCUCAGCUUCCUGUUCUCCACACUCAUAGGCUUCUCGUUCGAAAACCUCUCCAGCCUGCAGGAAGAUGAGAGCGCCAUGCCGCCUUCUUCGCUUGCACCCAUCUGCCUGUACCCCACCCCGCUGGAGCAGUUUACACACCAUUGGGAUGUUGUUGAGGAAGUGUGUCACUGUCUGGAAACUAUUGGAUCAAAGACUCAUUUCUUUGACGUCAUACAAAAUGGCAUUUUCAAAUACCUGAUCAGGCUGGACGUGGUUCCCGACAGCAUGGCAGCCGGGCUGCUUAGAGCCGUCUCCAGAUUACUGGAUCUGUCCAUCCUGCCCGUUGAGCCGGUGCUGCGCUUCUUGUCUCAGUGCUGCCUCAGCCUGAUGGCGCUGCUCGUUACCCUGCAGCAGGAGGCGCCUGCUGAAACCGAUCACAAAAGGGAGGCGAUUUGGAGUUCGUGCGUGACCGCGCUCAGCAGCAUUCCUCGUUUGCUUCGUAUUGUUUUGCAGUCGAUGCAUGUUAGAGGUCUUAAUGAGGAGGAGCUGCCACAGCUCGGGCAGAUCCUCUCAAUGCUGCUGCAGCACACGCCGCUGCACAACCAGCUGCUGGCCAACACUGCUCUGCUGCAGGAGGUCAUACAGAAUCUCACGAGGUAUUCUCGGGGCACAACCAGGGAGCAGUGGCUGACAGACUUGCUGUACUGUUACAGCGUCACCGUGGCUCAUGGCUCUUCUGCGCACCGUGGAAACCUGGGCCUUCGAAACAUGUAUUAACCAGCGCGCCCAUCAGACAAGCACCGAGUGUGUUGCUUUUUCAUCCUCAUAAAAACACAAAACUCAGCAGCAACAAGUUCAUACUUUGUUUCAAACGGACACAAAUACUACCCUGUUCUCGUCAAAGGAACUCAUUAACCUUUACCCUCUGU